UCAAGCAGUGAUUCUGAUUCUAGAUUGAGAAGUUGUAAUAAUGCAUACUAAUGAGACACUAUCCAAACAAGAUUCAACUUUUUCCUCAGAGUUUGAUUAAGAAAUCAAUUGAUAUCAGUUAAAACAAUUAUGUAUGUUCAUACAUAAGUUAAUAACACUAUCGUCUUAUCAUCCCAAAAACCCAUGUCGUGGCCAUGACUUAACAUAAAAUCGUCUAGCAUUUGUUAAAAUUAUCUCCUAGAACCAUGCGAACGACCAACACGAUAUGGCAUAUCUCUCUGGAAUUAGAUUGCUAAUAUCUAUUGAUGACAUCACUAAACUGCCAAAUAAAAUUCAGUUUAUAUUAUGGGUUGAAUAGAAUGAAUUAUAAAUCAGUUCCAAAAGUUCUGUCAAGGCGGGCGGUUUUCUUAAAUAGGAUUAAUAAAUAAAAUUAAACAAUGUUGGACUUACUCGGAGACAUACUAAGUCCUUAUAGCGAAGCUAUUGGAGCUUUAGCUGGAAUAGUGGCAACAUUGCAAUCAGUGUCUGGAGCAGUUUUCUUAAAUGACAUUCGCAAGAGAGGAUCUGCUGAUUCAUUUACUGCAACUCCCUUUUUAUUUGGUUUAGUUAUUGGAACACUCAUGCUCAAGCUUUCUCUCAUCCUUGGACAAACCGCAAUGAUCAGGACAAACGUCGUUGGACUGGUCAUUAACUCAGUAUACAUGGCAGGUUUCUAUUAUUACACUUCCAAAGAGGCCCUCCCGAAACUUUGGAAACAAAUGGGAAUUGCUGCAGCUUUCACAUCAGUAUUCAUUAUUUAUGCAACAUUUGAAGAUCCUACAAAAAUUGAAGCUCGCUAUGGUAUUCUGCUCACAUGCAUGUUUGUAAUGUUGCUUAGCGCACCUUUGCUAAGCAUUCCAGAAAUCAUUAGAACAAAAAGUUCUGCAAAUUUGCCUUUCCCUAUGAUUCUUACUGGAACCACGAUGGGAGUUCUAUGGUUCCUUCAUGCUGUUUCCAUCAAGAACAAAACUUUAAUUUAUCAACAUGGAUUUAUGCUGCUUUUAAGUUCACCGCAGUUGCUUCUUUGCCUUAUCUAUUCAAGGACACCUCCUAAAGUGAAAGACUCCGAUGAUAAAGAGACUAAAAAAGAUUAAACUAUUUGUAUAAAUAAAGUCAGUAAAUUUUAUUAAAAAAAGUUUAUUUAUUUACUAUAACUAGUCUCUAUUAAUACUGAUACAAAAUAUGUAAUAUUUUAUGUUACAUCUUGGAAUUUAAAUAAUUUAUUUAUGAACUGAUCAAGUUUUUGGCCCAUAGAGAAUCACUGUUAUUAUACAUUAAAUACAGCAAAAUGAUUUGCUUACAAAAAAAGUAAAUAUUGACUAAUAUUGGCCAAAAUAAGUUUUUUAACACUUUACAAAUUUUGUGUUCAAGAAAAUAUGUCACGUUUAUCAUAUUUAAGCACUUGUUAAAACAUAAAUAAAAUGUGACUGUUCAAUGAAA